AUGUCAGAGUAUAACUGCCAGAUGAAAGACGGUGGCGCAUGCGCAGUGUUCAGGAAGGCAGAAUCAGUGGAUGCUGUAGACCCGCGCCGCUCUUUGCCCUCCAUCCCUCCGCAGCCAGCCUGUCAGACCACAGAAACCGACAAAGAGGAGCCUACUGUAGGAGGGCUGAGUCAAGAUGGGGAGAGACAUCUGGCACUUGAGAGCCAAAGCCACGAAAGGAAUUCUGGUGUAGAAUUUGAACCAGAGGAGAGCCCAGGCAGCAGCAGCAACAGUAGCAGUAGUAGCAGCGACAGCAGUAGUGGGGCGGUAGAUGCCCUACCCCCAGCCCCAGUUCCUCCCCAGGCCCCUGCAGGAGAGAAGAGAGAGGAUAGCUCCUGCUCUGACUCAGGCAGCUCUGUAGAGUCCAGCGAGGAGGAACCUGCCAUGUUCUCUAACUUUUUAAGUGGUGCGAAUCCCCUCAGCUCCGUCUCUUCUGCUGUCAGAGGAAGUCUGUUUGGGGAUAAUACGGAGGGGGACAAACAGAAAGCAGGCACUCAGCAGCCUGGGUCAGGCCCUGGCCCUCGGAAUGCCCCGCAGCAGGGACAUAGGAAACAGGACCAGGCACCUCCUAAACAGGCAGGACCCCAGCUCCAGGGGAAUGGCCAGGCUGGUCAAGCAGACAAACCUAGCGGGCAGCAAGCCUCCACUAAGGGUGGACCAAAACAGCAAGCCCCUGCUAAGGGUGAACCACAACAGGAAGCCCCUGAUAAGGGUGGACCUCAACAGCAAGGAUCUCAUAAAGGUGAGCCUCAACAGGAAGGACCUGGUAAAGGAAGACUACAACAAGCCCCCCAGCAGCAAGGACCUCCUAAAGCUGGACCACAACAAGAUUCCCCUGUGGUAGGGGCUCAACAGCAAGCCCCUGCUAAGGGUGGACCACAACAACAAUGGUCACCUAAGGUUGGGGCUCAACAAGAAGCUCCUAAGUGUGGACCACAACAGCAAGGUUUGCCUAUGUUUGGAGCUCAACAGCAAGCCCCUGCUAAAAGUGGACCCCAACAGCAAGGUUCACAUAAAGUUGGGGCUCAACAUCAAGCUCUUACUAAAGUUGGACCCCAACAACAAGGUUCACCUAAGGUUGGAGCUCAACAGCAAGCCCCUUCUAAGGGUAGACCACAACAGCAAGGGUCCCCUAAGGUUGGAGUUCAGCCACAAGGGUUCACUAAGAAAGGGACUCAGCAGCAGGGCUCCCCCAGGACUACACCACAGCAGCAGGCUUCUGGUAAACCUGGGACUCAGUCUAAUGCUGGACCUAUGGCUGGAGCUAAACCCCUGUGUCCAGUGUGCAACACUACUGGACUCAACCUGAACACCAAGGAGCCACCCAACCAUAACACCUGCACACAGUGUAAGACUGUCGUCUGCAGCUUGUGUGGCUUCAGUCCUCCUGACUCGGGUGUAAGUAGAGAUUCAUUCCAGUAUAUAUUUAACGUUAGAAACUGA